AUGAGCAACUCCAACACUCCCGUCGAGGAUCUUAUUCGAGCCAAGAUCACCGCGGCCUUCAAUCCCCAAACUCUCGAGAUCUACAAUGACUCUCAUCUUCACUCCCACCACAAGGCAAUGGAACACACUACCUCCAGCGAGACACACUUUCGCGUGGUCAUCACCUCCGACGCCUUCAACUCCAAGAUGCAGCCUGCCCGUCACCGCAUGGUCUACGCCCUUCUCCGCGACGAGAUGGCCCAGGAGAACGGCAUCCACGCCCUCCAGCUGCGCACCAUGACUCCCGAGGAAGAAGCCCGCCAAAGGAAGAAGAAGGAAGACGAAGCCGCUGCCCGUGCCGCCCGAGCUGAAUCUGAGGAAGAAUGA